CUACUCUGGGUUUGGAAACUCUGCUACACAUAGGACCAUAUGGCAUUCACAGGGUGCUUUGUACACCAAAUUGUCAGUCGGAACCGGUCCAGGCCCGCUCAAAGUCCCCCAAAUGGGGAACUUAACAUCUAAGAAAUAAAGUAAUGAAAAUUGAAUUGAAGAUGAAAUGAUUUGCAUCUAUCGUUUCUGUAUGCUUGUCUAUGUGACCUUGCAAAGACGAGGCAGACAUUUACAGUGACACAAUGCUGCGUUCGAAUGGUAGAAUGUUCAGAUACGUUUUUAUUUCCCGCCACCGGAGCUACACAUUAUGGUUGUCAUGGCAACGUUGUAUGGGAGUAGUGCAUGUCCACCAAGGACAGUGAAAAGGGAAAUAAAUCGUUGUCGGUGUAUUUUAAUUUUUCCUAGCUAUCUCGUUAAAUUGUUUCUAAACUUUGCAUAUUGUGGAGGUGAACAAUCAAUUUAACCGGGAACGUGUACGAUAAGAGGUAACGGCUGCACGAUUAUUCAUGCGGAUAGAAUGACCUGUUGUUGCUUGUUAGUAUAGCUACCUACUAUGUAGCUAAGUUAGCUAGCCAGUUAAAAAAAACUGUCGUGUUGCUAGCUAACCGUAUAGCUUAGCUAUGUCAGGCAACAGUCUUCCGCCUGUGCGAAAUCUACCCCACUGGUCCCGCGUUGGAUGUCUUGACAAGCCUUGCUUUCCACAACCACGUCCUUUCCCGUUUAACCACCUUGAACCGCUGUCGGAAUCACCCCGUGGGGACAGUGGGGGAGAGGUCUCAUCUCACCGGGACAUGGAUACUCGCGUUGCAUCGCUUCAGAGGAAUAUUCAGUUCCUGCAACUACAGCACAAGGACACUCUUCAGAAGCUACACGGUGAAAUAGAUGACCUCAGACGGGAAAAUAAAGAGCUGCAGUAUAAGCUGAUCAUGGAGCCUUCAAAGUCUUGCAGAAAAGGUAUUUCUUUAGGAUCAAGCCGCCGGAGCACAAUGCCACCGACACAGGGCAGUGAGGCCCAGACAGAGAGAGUGAUCUACCUGGAGCAACCUUUACAAGACACAUGCCCAUCUCAAGACCCAUGGCUCAGUAUAGCGGGGGACGGUUGUGUGGCUCACGCCGACACUGAGACCACUGGAGUGGCAAAGCAAGAACACGAGUCAGAGUUGAGGGGAGGCCUCAUCACCUCUCUACAGCCACUCCGGAUCCAGAGCAGCCCAUCCCAUCCCCCCCGACCCCCCACCCUGCAGGAAUGUGAGGUUAUCAUACGGCAGCUCUACAAAGCCAACAACCUGCAGUCUCAGGAGAUUAUACGUGUGAAGGCUGUCCUCCGAGACAUUGUGUUCAACAAGAAAAUCACUCCUGAGAACUACAUCAUGACAAACGCCUACCUUGCUGACAGCACCAGCAAGGCAGAGAAGUUUCCCCAACUAGCACUUCAACCACUUCCCAAGAGAAUGUCUGGGAACCAGGCAGGGGUGACAGAGAGGGUGAUCCUCCCAGCCCUCAAACAGCACCUGAGCUCCAGCAUCGCAGAGAGGCAGAAAAGGACCCAGGCUGUACAGAGGAGCAGGCUGAGGAGAACAGUGCAUUGAGAGGGACAAACAGUACAGCAGGCCAGCCAGCACCGCAGAACCAAAGCCUCUUUAAAUAAGAUCAGGACCAGCUCCUAUUAUGGUCAUUGAAGGACUUCAAUUACCAUUGAAUGAAUGUUAACAGUACCUGUCAAAAGUUUGGACACCUACUAAUUCCAGGGUUUUUCUUUAUUUUUACUAUUUUCUACAUUCUAGAAAAUAGUGAAGGGAAAAGGGGAUACACGUAGUCAGUUGUCCAACUAAAUGUAUUCAACUGAAAUGUGUCUUCCGCAUUUAACCCAACCCCUCUAAAUCAGAGGAGCGGGGGGCUACCUUAAUCAACAUCCACGUCUUCGGCACCCAGGGAACAGUGGGUUUACUGCCUUGCUCGGGCAGAACGACAGAUUUUUACCAUGUCAGCUCGGGGAUUCAAUCCAGCAACUUUCCAGUUACUGGCCCAACACUAACCACUUGGCUACCUGCAUAUGGAAUCAGGUAGUAACCAAAAAAAGUGUUAAACAAAUCUAAAUAUAUUUUAUUUGAGAUUCUUCAAAAUAGCCAUUUGUCUUGACAGCUUUGCACACUUUUGGCAUUCUCUUAACCAGCUUCAUGAGGUAGUCACCUCGAAUGCAUUUCAAUGAACAGGUGUGCCUUGUUAAAAGUGAAUUUAUGGGAUUUCUUUCCUUAAUGUGUUUGAGCAAAUCAGUUGUCACAACACAAGGUAGGGGUGGUAUGCAGAAUAUAUUUGGUAAAAGACCCAAGUCCAUAUUUUGGCUAGAACAGCACAAAUGAAUGUCAGUCAAUCUGGAAAAUUAAGAACUUUGAAACUGUCUUCAAGUGCAGUCACUAAAACCAUCAAGCGCCAUGAUGAAACUGGCUCUCAUGAUGACCACCACAGGAAAGGAAGACCCAGAAUUACCUCUGCGGCAGAGGAUAAGUUAGAGUUAACUGCACCUCAGAUUGCAGCCCAAAUAAAAGCUUCAGAGUUCAAGUAACAGAAAAAUCAACAUCAUCUGUUCAGAGGAGACUGGUUGAAUUACUGCAAAGAAACCACUACUAAAGGACACCAAUAAAAAGAAGACACUUGCUUGGGCCAAGAAACACGAGCAAUGGACAUUGGACCGGUGGAGAUCUGUCCUUUGGUCUGAUGAGUCCAAAUGUGAGAUUUUUGGUUCUAACCGCCAUGUCUUUGUGAGAUAGAGUAGGUGAACAAAGAAGGAGAGUGAUGGUGCUGCAUCAGAUGACCUGGCCUCCGCAAUCACCCGACCUCAACCCAAUUGAGAUUGUUUGGGAUGAGUUGGACCGCAGAGUGAAGGGAAAGCAACCAACAAGUGCUCAGCAUACGUGGGAACGCCUUCAAGACUGUUGUAAAUGCAUUGGGGCGGCAGGUAGCCAAGUAGUUAGAGCGUUGGACUAGUAACCGAAAGGUUGCAAGAUCGAAUCCCCGAGCUGACAAGGUAAGAAAUCUGUCGUUCUGCUCCUGGCCAAGACAGUUCACCUACCGUUCCUAGGCCGUCAUUGAAAAAAAUAAUUUGUUCUUAACUGACUUGCCUAGUUAAAUAAAGGUAAAAUAAAAAAUAAAUUAAAUUCCUAAUGAAGCUGGUUGACAGAAUGCCAAGAGUGCAAAGCUGUCAUCAAGGCAAAGGGUGGCUACUUUGAAGAAUCUCAAAUAUAAAAUAUAUUUUGAUUUGUUUAACACUUUGUUACUACAUUAUUUCAUGUCUUCACUAUUAUUCUACAAUGUAGAAAAUAGUAAAAAUAAAGAAAAGCCCUGGAAUGAGUAGGUGUGUCAGCUUUUGACUGGUACUGUAUAUAAAGUUAAUAUUUCAAUGUACAUACAUUUUUAUUUCUCCCUAUUAAACUUAUUUCGGUGUUCCGUU